CGUCCAAACGAUCUGCGGUAAAUCAAUAAUUACAAAUAACGCUCCUAGACAUGAUAAGCGAUCUGCACAGUCGCGGCCAGACCAAGCUGUGUAAGCACGCUGCAAUGGGACGUCAACAAACACGUUACACGAGCUUCCCGUGACAACACCUCUCUUUAUCACGAACGCUCAAUACCUUAACAACGUUAGACUGCAGUAGUGCCACUAUUCCGUGGGGCUGGCUCGGCAGCGCCAUCUACCAAACCGUACCCGGCCUUGUCUAGACUCGGAAGCGAGCAUGACGACGUCGAUGCUGGAAACAGAGAAGUGGUGAAACGACCCAUGGUUCACGCUCUGUCGGGAGCUGUCAGUGUCCUACAGCGUCCCGAGGAGUCGUCAGCCGCGAUAGGAGUUGGGAACAAACAUUGUUGGGACUCAGGAGAACCCCUUCAGGGUCAAACAUGCCAUGCGCCCACAAGCAUGUCACAGUCACACUCCUGCACUGCACAGACAACGCGGCAAAGUCCCGAGGGAGGCGUUGCAAUACCCGAGGUUCUAGAAGGCCGUCCAGGCACGCAGAACGGUGCGGUACGGGUGGGAAUGGGGGUUGCGAGAUUGCACAUGCAGGGCAACAAACCCAUUUGCGGCCUCAUAAGAAACUUCGCUCUGCUGCAGGGGCAGCCUCCGUCGCCAGGUCAAGUGGGGAGCGUCAUGACUUUGCGAGGGCUUUGGCUGCGUUCCGGCGCGCCACGGCUGCACUUUCGCUCGCACCGCGGGCGCCUGGUGGGACUGCGCGGCCGCACACGAGCUUUAGAACGGGUCGGGUCCCAAGCUUCAGCGUGGUUUCCAGGGGCGGGCGCCCGUCCGUACGUGUCACGCGCAAGACGGCGUUUGGAGGAGUCGGCGGCCAAGAACGAGAAUUCUUGUUGAAAGCUUCGGAGCUGUCGCGUUGGGCUUGGCGGGCUGCGAGUGGUGUUAGUCGGGGUGCAGCGGUUCUGGAGACGACGGGCGCAGGCGUGACUCGCUGCCGGCUGAUCGCAUAUGCACGAAAGACGCAAGACAUCGCAUGACCUCAAUUUCGUUGUCCGUUGCGCGCGAGGCCUCAGCCACGUUGUUGUCGAGGCCAAUGGGAGGGGUGUGCUGGCUAUUUGACUGCCUUGCAGACCAAUGCGGAAAGCACUGAUACAAAGAAGUGGUCAGGUAGCAACGAGCGGUGAAUGUGUGGCCGAUGUCUGGCAGCCGUCGCUACCCCGCCACCGAUGCACCUCCUGUCCCAAAGCGAGCAUCUGUUCCUGUCUAGUUCUCCAUCCUCGGUGCACCUAUCUUUGGGUCGGGCGUCUCGGCCAACAAGAAUCCGUGCUUUGGUAACGGUGGGGCCACGCGUGUGGCAUCCUUGACGUGCCUGGCGUGCAAGGAUGCAAGUGCAGCGAGCCUGUCGCGAGCAACGUUGGAGAUCGGCGGCUAGUUCAGGGUCGCCCUGCGGUCUGGAUGUUUUACACGGGG